CAUCUCACUGAAACUCGCUCGUGUUCGGCGGCAGGCAAAUCCGGCGGUUUAAAGCGCCACAACGGCAGCUCCAUUCACCGAUAACUGCCUCCAGGCGGCGGCAGCUCUGCUGAUCGGCCAUGGCUGUAUUGUCUUUCAUUUGUUAACAUCAAAUCUCAGCCAAGUUCCACUACUUUCCCUUUCUUUCCUACUCUUUUGCAUUGCUGGUCCUCAAAUUACAUCAUCCUUCGAUCUUGGUGCUUGGAAGCGUCUUCGAAUUGGUACGAUUCUGUGAUUCUUCUAUUUUAGGAGCUGUACAGGGAGUUGAAGUCUCGGUACAGACGAUUGGAGGUUUGGACCGUCCAAUCUGAAUAAUAUCUCAGUAUGAGAACGGCGAAAAGCGUUCAGGAAGACGAAGAGUACGAGGAGGACGAGCUGGUUGCUAAAAGAGAGGGGCCUGCUUCUACUUACAACGCAAACAGUAGCAUCGGAAACAGCAAAGAUGGGAAGAACAAUGAUAAGGCUAAUGCCAUAAGGUCGAAGCACUCAGUCACGGAACAGCGCAGAAGAAGCAAGAUUAAUGAGAGAUUCCAGAUUUUGAGAGAUCUUAUACCUCACAGCGACCAAAAGAGAGAUACCGUGUCGUUCUUAUUGGAGGUGAUUGAGUAUGUACAGUAUUUACAGGAAAAGGUGCAGAAAUACGAGGGUUCAUAUCAGAAUUGGGGUGGGGAACCUACUAAGUUGAUACCAUGGGUAAAAACCAAAGCUCUUCCUUCAUUUUAUUUGGGAGUUGUCAUUCACUAUCUUGCUCGCUUCAGCUGCUGCAAUAGCUAUAACAAUAAAUGAGAAAAUAUUCCCUUUUAAUUGGCGAUCGGGUUUAUUUUGUAUGUAUAAGAUUAGCUGUAGAAAAUAU